UAGAUGUCGCUUCAGUGGCCGAUUAAAUGGCUUCUGUGUGUAUAUUACUGCGUCAGUAUGUUGCAAAUUUAACGAUUUUAAUAAAUUAAACAACGCCCCGUUUAAAACCAACGAAAUAAUAGUGCAGUGAGAUGUUGAAAAACGUUAAUUCCAUAAAAAUGUUGCCGAAAUGUAUUAAAAUAUACAAAUUUCGGUCAAACUACUAUGGAUAAUUGAGUGUUUUUUCAAAAUGGUGGGUGUUUGUUAUUUGGCUACGAUCAUUAUUUACAUCAUUGGUUCGACAAGUUGUACGAAAAGCAAAGAUUGUCCGGAAAUUUGCUCUUGUUUGGGGUCUUAUGUCGACUGUUCGUCGAAGAAAUUGCAAGCAAUUCCAUCGAAUCUCCCUAAAUGGACCACUCACCUCGAUUUACGUAAUAACACCAUUAAAAAACUAAACGACGUUACUUGGAGAAACCUGACUAUUUUAACCGAACUCAUAUUGAACAAAAACGACAUUUCUGUAAUCCCAAACGACGCGUUCAAUUACCAGAAGCAGCUAAAAAGUCUUGAACUUAACCGAAAUCAGUUAAAAUCUAUUGAAGCUUUAACUUUUAAGUCAUUAGAACGUUUAUAUGUAUUAAAAUUGAAACGAAACCAAAUAACGCAACUCAAAGAUGGGGCUUUCUACGGAUUAUUGUCUAUUGACAAAUUGAUAUUGGAUUACAAUCAUAUAUUAGUUAUUUCAAAAGGAUGGCUUUAUGGUUUACAGUCUUUAAAAGAAUUGUCUCUGAAUCACAAUUACAUGAAUUUUAUUGAACCUGAGGCUUGGGAGUUUUGUAAAAAACUUGCCAUUUUAGACUUGUCUAAUAACAGAUUAGAAUCAAUUGCAGCCAACACGUUCAAACAUCUUAACGAUCUCCAAAAACUAGUAUUAAGUAACAAUAAGAUAACAUUUAUUGAAGAAAAAGCUUUUAGUCACUUACCAAAUUUGAAAUACUUGCAUUUAAAUAAUAAUAAAAUCUCGUGGACGAUUGAGGAUGCAAAUGGCGUAUUCCAAGGACUCGGCAAUUUAAUGAAAUUUUAUCUGGCGGAUAAUAAUAUAAAAUCGAUAAGUAAAAACGCCUUUAUUGGUUUAAAAAACGUAACGUAUUUAAAUUUGAACGACAAUAACAUUACCUCAAUCCAAAUGAACGCCUUCGCUGAAGUGCCUUUGCUUUCGGAUCUCGUUAUUAACACCACUUAUUUACUUUGUGACUGUAACAUUCGUUGGUUUUACGAAUGGUUGAGUACAAAACAGUUUAAAAUCCGCGCAAUUUGUGCAUACCCCGAAUGGUUGAGAGGCCAGUCAUUCUUAGAAGUACCAACAUCGAAUUUUACUUGUGACGAACUACCUAAACCGAGAUUAAUCGAAGAACCAGAACCAGAAAUAAUGGCUUUAAAGGGAGAGAAUAUUACGUUAAGUUGUACAGCGAUGUCAAGUUCAAACAGCCCUAUGACUUUCCAGUGGAAAAAAGACAACGUCGAAAUAAUUAACAUGAAUAUUAAAGAAAAUUCCAGUUCUGAUGGUAAAACGACAGAAGCAGUAUCAAAACUAAACAUUUAUAGAGCACAGCAUUCCAAUGCUGGAAAAUACCAGUGCGUUGUAUCCAACAUUUUUGGUACCACUUACUCGCAAAAGUCCAGCAUUUCGGUUCUAAUUUUUCCGACAUUUCUGAAACGACCCGACAACGUUACGGUAAAAGCCGGCGCCGUCGCGAAAUUAGUCUGCGCCGCUCAUGGCGAACCUCAGCCGGAAAUCGCUUGGCAAAAAGAUGGCGGAAAUGAUUUUCCGGCAGCGCGAGAAAGACGCAUGCAUGUACUACCAGCCGACGAUAGUUUUUUCAUCUCAAACGCUAAACCAACCGACAUGGGAAUUUACAGUUGCACGGCACAUAAUGCCGCUGGAACUAUAGUCGCAAACGCCUCGUUGACGGUUUAUGAAAAACCUUCAUUUGUAAAAUCAAUGGAAAACAAGGAAGUGACCGCUGGUGAAUUGGUGGUACUUCAAUGCAUGGCCAGCGGUACACCGAAACCCACCAUCACGUGGUACAAAAAUGGCGAACCGAUUCGGGCAACCGAACGCCAUUUUUUCACCGCAGAGGAACAACUUAUGAUAAUUGUAGACACCGUCCAAUCGGAUUCUGGGAAAUAUGAGUGUCAUUUGAACAAUUCUCUUGGGGAAAAGACCGGUUAUAGCCUCCUGAGAGUGAAGCCAGGUUUCGUUAUAGGAAACUUCACGACGACUGACAUGAUGGGUAUUAUAAUAAUCACGGUGGUGUGUUGCGCUGUUGCAACAUCCAUCAUUUGGGUGGUGAUUAUUUACCAGACGCGGAGGCGGAUGCCGCCCCCGGCUGCGCCGCCCCUCGAGGGCCCCUUGGAGCUGGACCGUGGGGUGCAAUUCACUGAUAAUGCGUCCGAUAGGUCGUCGUGUCGUGAUAGUGGAACGGGGGACUCGGCCCGUCGCAGUAACGAUGAUCUGGCACACGAAGACUACAAAUUGAUUAUUAAUGAGGAGCCCCAACCUGGCUGGAAUGUGAUGCGAAUUGCUAGUUUGACGUAUAUCCCAGCUGAUCCGAACAGUUCGCAUGCCCCACUCCUGCCAGGCACACCCUAUGUCCGAUCUACCAAUCACGACCGACCUGAAACACCGGAAAAAGAGGCGCCACCAGCAGAAUUAAAUCAAACCACCGAGAAUUGAACACUGCUGGAAAGUCAAUUUCCUAUUCAAUGGUACAAUUAAGUGUAUAUACUGUAUUUUUUAGUUCCUGUCUUAGUUUAUUUAAUUUUUUUUUUCGACUGUUGCCGAGUUAUUUAUUAAGUUAUUUAUGUUCGGAGUUACAUAAUGACGUCGAACUGAUUUCACACGAGUUGUGACAAUAACCUAAGUUAGGUGAGAUUUAUACCAAAGCAUUUUGUGAUGCGGUAAAAUGACCGGAGGCCUUAUCUAUAAAUGAAAAAUAUUUUUCUAGCGAUGUAAUUAUAUUUAAAAAGUGUGUUUAAAAACGAUACCAGUUAUACAAAUUCCAUUGAAACACCAAUGUGACGUCUUAUGUAACUUUGGAUGAAUGUCCCAGUUUUAUUACUUUGAAAUUCCCGUGAUAUUAUGUUGAUAAGUGGACAUAAUUUUUGUAUAUUUACAAAGUUUUAUUAGUAUACUGCCCAUUAAAAGUAUAAUUCCUGUAGAUAUUAAUCUAUAUUAGUGCAGUUGUAAAGUAUUGAAAUGUGUUUGUGUUGAAUGUGUUUAUUUAUUAAUGUGUGUAAGUCGUAUGAGUGUCGUCGAUAUUGUUUUUAUUGUGUUAUAAGCAAUUUAUAUUAACACUAUUUUGUUAAUACGUUUUAAAUUUAUGGUAUUUUUUUCGAUAAUUUUUAAGUUCUUGUAAUCCCACUUUAUAGUAUUACUAAGUAUACCUCAUUGUGAUUUAUAAUUUUUUGUCUAAAAUAAAAUAAUGCCUAUAUUA